CCGCGCUUGCUUCUGUGAGGUGAAGAUCAGCCCCCACUAAACGCCACGGCGGCGGGUGGAGGAGCUGGCAACGCUAACCAGGAACCAACAGCCAACACCACCAUGAAUAACCACGACGAAUGUUGUUUCCUUUUAAUACAAAUUAAAUUCCUUGAGAAAAAAAAAAGAGAAAACAAGAAAGGAUGAAGAAAUCCAGGCACAAUUAAUUCCAAAUAUUUUUGUUCUGGUGAUAGCCUUGUAACAAUAGACGCGGCCGUUGUGCCUUGCGGCGGCAAGGAUCCCAGUUUGCGUUUGCUAGUGCUGACGGUGCACACGCAGAUAUAGUUCGUCUUCUGUGUAUGCAGAGCUCUCUCGCCCGAAAUAAUGUCUCCGACGUGCCGAAUAUCCUGGACGAGGCUUGGUCCCGCUAUGCAGCAGAAGUAAUAGCGGCAGCGGAUUGUUGGUUGGUUGCUGUUGCACGGCCGUUGGCUGCAUGCUGCUGUUGGGUCGGCGAGUUCUCUACUCCCCUGUCACAGAAAGGUUUAUAAAGCUGGGUUCGUCCUCCAUGAAAACUUGAACCUACGUCUAUCUCCUGUAUAUCUGCAAGAAUAGUACAUAAUGUCUAUCAUCCGCAACGUUGUCCUUGCUGUCUUCCUUGCCGCCAGCGCCGUCCAGGCUCUGCCCUCUGCUGAGGUCUGCUGCGGUUCUCCCGCCAACUGCCCUUCCCACUGCGGUCGUUGCUUUGAGUGCGAGUAAUGUCAGUACUACAUGUUUAGUACUUCAAGGGGACAAUUGGGUGGGAUGUAUCUAUAGAAAACUAUUUACAAGCAACAAUUGAGGUAUAAUUUCAUGAUUGAAGGUACUAAAAUCGAUACCCGGACUCUCAUCUCUAACAAGAAGUUGAUCGAUGUGGUGUUGAACAAUCCAGGCUAAGCAGGUGUCGAAGCUCAUGGUGGGGUAUUUGUGUAAGUCACGAUGCGGGGUUCCGGCCAACAUUAGAUGAACGCUCUUCGGCCGACAGCCCUGCAGCUCCCCGCACAGCUUGUAGCUUGUAUGAGCCUUGCAGAUUCUGUCCACUUUGUAAAUGGGAUUAGUUCGUGAUGCUACAGGUGUCGAGUUGAUUUAGCCUGUUAUUUCGUGAUCUAUUGACUCGGUUCUGCCAAGAUGACCAUUGUCCUCAUCACUGGAGCGGAUCGCGGCCUGGGCUUGGCCAUGGUCAAAGCACUUAGCAGCUCGACGAACGAAUAUACACUGUUGCUCUCAGCUAAGAGCUUUCCUGAUGCAGCCCAAGCAGCAAGGGAUGUUCAGGAGGAAUUCCCGGCAGCAAAUGACAGAAUUAUUCCGUAUGAAAUUGACGUCACGAGCGAUGAUUCCAUACACGCUGCUGCUCUGGCAAUCGAGAGGACCCAUGGGCGGAUAGAUACCCUUAUCAACAACGCAGGCGUUCUGCUCGAUUUUGCUCGAGAUGCUGGACAGGUCACGAUGCGCGAAGCAUGGGCUGGCUCGUGGGACGUCAACGUUGUGGGAGCGCAGGUCAUGACGACGGUAUUUGUACCGCUACUGCUGCGAUCUUCGAAUCCUCGACUAUUGUUCGUAUCUAGCGGCACUUCUUCGCUUGGUGGGACAGAGACCGCGUCACCUGGAAACACCUCACCGCCGCCAGGAUGGCCUAAGCCAAUCAAGGCAAACGGUGACACACCAGCCUAUCGAGCGUCCAAGUCGGGCCUAAACAUGAUGAUGAGGUGCGUUAUCAACAUGGAACCGACGUGAAGCAUGCUCUAAUAGGGUGACAUGCUUGCUGACAUGGUAGUUGGCAGGGAAUGGCAUCGCAUGCUGAGCAACGACGGCGUAAAGGUUUGGGCUGUCUCGCCUGGGUUUUUAGCUACGGAGCUCGGAGGAGCAUCGGCGGAGUCCAAGAAGAAGUUUGGGGCAAAGGACCCGGCAUUAGGCGGGGAGCUUGUUCGGGAUGUGCUCGACGGCAAACGAGACGCAGAUGCCGGCAGAGUAGUGACGGCAGAAGGCGGCGUGCAAGAAUGGUGAAAGCAAUUGGUCCGUCGUGAAUCAAGCAAGAAAUUGGCUUUCACAUGUCAAAUUCGUAGCAAGAGGCCACGAUUUUUGUAUUAAACGGCCCACUGAGCGACAGGGAGCAAAGAUCUGUUGGGACAGAGGUGGGACGAGAUCUUGGGCGGCAGAGGCAGGCAAGUGUGUCAAACGUUGGUGUCAUGCGGAUGGUGCCAGGAAGGAAGGAAAAAAGCCGGCAUUGUGGCUAUAUGUGCGUAUAUACGAGGUUAAUAUAUACAUGUAUGUGUGUGUGUGCAUGCAUCCGGGAAUAAUAGGAAUGAUAACGCUG